CCAGUAAUGGAAAUCGUUGAUGCGCGACCGCAGGCCGUUGGAAUCCCGACGGAUGCAUACUUUGCAGUAGAAGAAAUCAAAGACGACAGUACGGAAACGUGGAAGACUUUCCUUCACGUCCCUUCUGCAAUAGAAGCUGAGGAAGCUAAGGAGAACAGUGUUGAACAUCUCCUACGCGAUAUCAAAGACUCAACCACCACCACCCUCUCAACACGUGUUUCUGAGCAGCUCGCAUCACUUCAAGGACUUCAAUCCCGACUACGAGACGUGCAGCAAGUAUCUGCUGGACGUUGCAGCGGGUACGAUGCCGCUCAAUCACCAAAUAGUUUACCACCUGCAAGACGCACUCAACCUACUUCCUGA